UUCACAGUCCCUCUGCCCCUCAGAGCCGCGCCGCGUGGUCUCUGCUCCAAGAGAAAGACAGAAACUAUAGCCUACUCCUGUUGUUACACUUUAGUGGCCAGCUAAUGGAACUCAUAGAGCAAAACAAUAACAUGAUUUGAGAGAAGGGUUUAAAUAAAAAAUGGACGCCAAAAAAAAUAAAGAAUAAUAAUAAUAAGAAUUAUUAUUAUUUUUUUAAUAGUAAAUAAAUUAUAAAAUAAAUCGGCCGCAGCAUUCUGCGCAGACGCCGAUGCAGGUUGAUCUGCGCGUACAGGUGGUGGUGCACCCAACCGUAUUCACAACAAAGCUACAAAAUGGAGGCAAGAAUACAACUCCAAAGCGACUGGUAUACGGCAUUAAGAGAAAACGAGGGGGAAGUUUGGGUUUCAUGCAAAAUACCAGGAAAGCCAACUGUGUAUGGUAGCCUGAAAUGUCAAGGAGUCGGUUACGACGGCAUACCUGCGGUCACAGCAUCCGAGGAGUUCGAAGUACUGCAAGUUUCAAAGAAAAGCAUCCACCUGACCUGUCCUUCUGGAAGAACGUCAUCCAAAUUCAUAAUUCCCUACACAUCUUUUCCAAAGAUUCAUGAUAAAAGUGUAACAUGUUUGGACAUUUCCAGUGGAGGAGGAUUGGGAGUCUCCACCAGCACGGAUGGCUCCAUGAAAAUCUGGAACUGCAAGAACGGGGACAGAAGGAGGGAGCUGACAGGCCACAUCUACGAUGUGAACUGCUGCAGGUUCUUCCCCUCUGGAAUGGUGGCCCUCAGCGGGGGGAUGGAUGCGCAGGUGAAGCUGUGGUCCUGUGAGGACGGCACCUGCCCUGUCACGUUUAAAGGGCACAGAGCAGGUAUCCUAGAUACUUCUAUUGUGGACCGUGGAAGAAACGUGGUGUCGUGUUCGAGGGAUGGCACAGCCCGGCUGUGGGAUUGUGGGAAAUCAACCUGUCUGGCUGUGGUGGCUGACUGCGGCACUCCAGUGAAUGGUUGCUGUGUGGGAACAGCUGACAACAGCAUUAAUCUGGGGACCCCUCAAGAGAACCCAAGUGACCGGGAGGUAGGAACUGAAGAUAAGCUGCUGCUUUUGGCCCGAGAAGAUCGGAAACUCCAGGGUGUUGGUCUUCAGAGUAGGACUGCUGUUUUUGAAUUUGAAGGGUCGGAUGCCUUUAACUGCUGCACGUUCCUCUCCAGUGUGUAUGUGGCUGCUGGUGCCCAAGAUGGGAACAUCUACCAGCUGGACCUGAGGUGUCUGAGCACACCUGUGCAGAUAUUCCACAGAUCUGGAGCCCCUGUCCACUCUAUUAUACCAAUCAGAGAGGGGUUCAUCGCCAGCCAAGGUGAUGGCAGCUGUUUUAUCGUUCAGCAAGACCUUGACCACACCAUUGAACUGACUGGUCCUGAUGCUGAUCCCGUCUAUAAGGUGGCUGUAUGGGAGAAGAGCGUUUUCACCUGUUGCAGAGAUGGGCUUGUGAGGAAGUACCAGCUGUCAAGCCUAUGAACUGCCACAUCAGUACUUUCUGCAUUAGCACUGGCCAAUUAUGGACAGCAGGCUGAUCCCAUAGGCCUGUUGAAGUUUACCCUGUGCUGUUUCUAUGCAUUUUGAUAUUCAGAAUGGGCAGAAAUUGUUUGGACACAAAGUUUCAGCUUAAAAGUAAUUAAUUAUGCAUAAGCAGUGAUUAUGCUCUACUUGGAACAGGUGUUCCAAGUAUCAAUGUGAAAUUUGUUCCUGUGAGAAAAUAUCAUUUUUCAAGUUGGAAAUGUAUGCACUUUUCACUGAACCAAUAAAUUCAGUUUGGAUUUUUGUGACUUGAAA